CCAAGGGGAUCCCAUUGGGCAAGGGAUAUGAGGUCUUUGAUGCAGAGCUUCUUGGGGUUGUUCAAGCACUCCAGUUGGCAAGGAAAUCAGGAGAUCAGGGACCAGUCACUGUCCUGCUGGACUCCCAAGCCGCCAUUGCGAGGCUGCGGCAUACCCAGCCAGGGCCAGGUCAAGCAUUAGGCAGCCAGUAAGCCUCCAGGAAGAGGCCCAAAAGAGAUCUCUUUGGCCUUUGCCUGUAGAGCCCGAACAGAAGCCGUUUCAGCACAGAAGCAGAGAUGGCUCACUAAGAAGCUCAGUCAGCGAUCCCAACAAGGCCAACGAAUAUACAGACCGCAGAAGAACUGGCAGCUUGACCAAACAGCUGCAGUAGCUCCC